AAUAGAGCUCUCUGAAAGUAUUGGCCCCUUGCAGUGGCGUCACGUUUCCGUUCUCCCCCGUCGCUCCCCGAUACCUGGGGAACAAGCCAACUUUGUUCACAGACUGAAGCCAAGUGAAGAUGUCCGGCGUCUGUUGCUGUUGUCCGGAGAAACCUGCAGCUAAAAAAGCUCUGCUACCGGAUUACUUGGAUAAUCUUAGUCAGAAAGAAGCGAAGGAUAGAUAUCGGCGGAAAUGAGAGUUUAUUAGCGGUUAUGAUCCCAACAAAAUCCCUCGAAGCGACUGGAGUGACGGUGCAGAGGAAACACACGGAAGAGCACUGACACCCUCAGAUAGAGAUUAUUACUAAUAAUGAUAAUUUAGAGAUCUCACUGGCUGAAAGCGGAGCUCCCCCCGGUAGGGGGACCGGAUUUCCCGAGUCUAACACCGGUGUCACGAAUGAUGGAGGGAAAGAGAUCAGACUCACCAGAACCCAGCUGUGUGUCCAUGAAGAGUGAUGGGUCAAUGGGACACCCAAUUCACUUCAGAGACGGAGACAGUCCUGCUGAUCUGAGAAUGAUGGACGGAAAGAGAUCAGACUUGCCAGAACCCAGCUGUGUGUCCAUGAAGAGUGACCGGUCAAUGGAACGCCCAGAUGACUUCAGAGACAGAGACAGUCCUGCUGAUCUGAGACCACAAAAGAAGAAAUCAAACAUCAGCAGAAAUCAGCUGGAGUCCAUAUUCAAGGAGCUGGAAUACAAAGUCAUCAGUGUGAUCCAGAAGGAGCUGAAGAGGUUUAAGAAGCUCCUGAGUCCAGAUUCCCCAGCAUGCUCUGAGAGGGAGGUGGAAGAUGAGGAGGAUCAGAGCAGUGUCAGAGAGGGAGUGCUGAAGAUCACACUGCACUUCCUGAAGAACAUGAAACACACAGAUCUCGCUCACACACUGCGCAACAAACACGUCUAUGUGUAUCGGCAAAAGCUGAAAUCCUACCUGAGAGAGAAGUUUAAAAGAGUUAAUGAAGGAAUCUCACAGCAUGGAAGCUCAGCUCUUCUGAAUGAGAUCUACACAGAGCUCUACAUCACAGAGGGUUGGAGUGGAGAUGUUAAUAAAGAACAUGAGGUGAGACAGAUUGAGACGGCGUCCAGGAGACCAGCAACACAGGAGACACCCAUCAAAUGUAAGGAUCUCUUUAAAGACACGUCCAUCAGAAGUGUGCUGACUAAAGGAGUUGCUGGAAUUGGAAAAACAGUCUCUGUGCAGAAGUUCAUUCUGGACUGGACUGAAGAAGAGAAUCAGGACGUCACCUUCAUGUUCCCACUUCCCUUUAGAGAGCUGAAUCUGAUGAAGGAGAGAAAUCUCAGUCUGAUGAAUCUUCUUCAUCACUUUUUCCCAGAAAUGAAAGAAUUACAAUUCAUAGACUGUGAUAUAAACAAAGUCCUGUUGAUCUUUGAUGGUCUGGAUGAGUGUCGACUUCCUCUGGAUUUCCAGAACAAUGAGAGAUUGUGCGAUGUGACAGAGUCGGCCUCAGUGGAUGUGCUGCUGACAAACCUCAUCAAGGGGAAUCUGCUUCCCUCUGCUCUCCUCUGGAUAACCUCUCGACCAGCAGCAGCCAAUCAGAUCCCUCCUGAGUGUGUAGGCCAGGUAACAGAGGUACGAGGGUUCAGUGAUCCUCAGAAAGAGGAGUACUUCAGGAAGAGGAUCAGUGAUCAGAGCCUGGCCAAUAAAAUCAUCACACACAUGAAGUCUUCAAGAAGCCUCUACAUCAUGUGCCACAUCCCAGUCUUCUGCUGGAUCUCAGCCACUGUUCUCAAGAGAAUGUUGGGUGAAGCAGAGAGUGGAGAGAUCCCCAAGACUCUGACUCAAAUGUUCACACACUUCCUGAUCUUUCAGAUCAAACACAAGGACCAAAAGUACCGUCAGAAAUGUGAGCCUGAUCCUCAGCAGACCAGAGCGAGUAUCCUGGCACUGGGAAAACUGGCUUUCCAACAGCUGGAGAAAGGAAACCUGAUCUUCUAUGAGGAAGACCUGAGAGAGUGUGGCAUUGAUGUGAGAGAAGUGUCAGUGUACUCAGGAGUGUGUACCCAAAUCUUCCGAGAGGAGUUUGGGCUUCACCUGGGGAAGGUGUUCAGCUUCGUACAUCUGAGUGUUCAGGAGUUUCUGGCUGCUUUAUACACAUUUAUCUCCUUCAUCAGCAGAAAAGUAACAGAACAACAAACCACUGAUCUGUCUGAUCUUUUCACCAAAUCAAACAUGUCUGAUUUUCUCAGGAGUGCAGUGGACAAGGCCUUACAGAGUGAGAAUGGACACCUGGACCUGUUCCUCCGCUUCCUUCUGGGUCUCUCACUGGAGUCCAAUCAGACUCUCUUACGAGACCUACUGCCCCAGACAGGAAGUAGCACUCACAGCAAGCAGGAAACAGUCAAGUACAUCAAGGAGAAGAUCAGGGAGAAUCCAUCUCCAGAGAAAUUCAUCAAUCUCUUCCACUGUCUGAAUGAACUGAAUGAUCAUUCUCUUGUGCAGGAAGUACAACGUUACCUGAACAGAGGAGAUUCCAGUCGUCUCAGUAGAGUCAGACUCUCUCCUGCUCAGUGGUCAGCUCUGGUGUUUGUGUUACUGAACUCAGAACAGGAGCUGGAGGAGUUUGAUUUGAGGAAAUAUGACCCAUCAGAGGAAUGUCUUCUGAAGCUGCUGCCAGUGGUCAAAGCCUCCAGAAAAGCUGAUCUGUGUGAGUGUAAUCUGAGAGAGGAAAGCUGUAGAGUUCUGUCCUCAGUUCUCAGCUCAAACUCCUCCAGACUGAGAGAACUGAACCUGAGUUACAAUAACCUGCAGGAUUCAGGAGUGAAGCUGCUCUCUGCUGGACUGGAGAAUCCACACUGUACACUGGAGACACUGAGUCUGUGGGGCUGUAAUCUGACAGAGGAAAGCUGUAGAGUUCUGUCCUCAGUUCUCAGCUCAAACUCCUCCAGACUGAGAGAACUGAACCUGAGAGACAAUAACCUGCAGGAUUCAGGAGUGAAGCUGCUCUCUGCUGGACUGGAGAAUCCACACUGUACACUGGAGACACUGAGGUUGUCUGAAUGCAGGAUUACAGGUGAAGGUUGUGCUGCUCUGGUUUCAGCUCUGAGGUCAAAUCCCUCAUCACACCUGAGAGAACUGGAUCUGAACUACAAUCAUCCAGGAGAAUCAGGAGUGAAGCUGCUCUCUGAUCUACUGAAGGAUCCACACUGUACACUGGAGACACUACAUCUGUGGGGGUGUGAUCUGACAGAGGAAAGCUGUAGAGUUCUGUCCUCAGUUCUCAGCUCAAACUCCUCCAGACUGAGAGAACUGAACCUGAGACACAAUAACCUGCAGGAUUCAGGAGUGAAGCUGCUCUCUGCUGGACUGGAGAAUUCACACUGUACACUGGAGACACUGAGUCUGUGUGGGUGUAAACUGACAGAGGAAAGCUGUAGAGUUCUGUCCUCAGUUCUCAGCUCAAACUCCUCCAGACUGAGAAAACUGAACCUGAGUAUCAAUAACCUGCAGGAUUCAGGAGUGAAGCUGCUCUCUGCUGGACUGGAGAAUCCACACUGUACACUGGAGACACUGAGGUUGUCUGGCUGCAGGAUUACAGGUGAAGGUUGUGCUGCUCUGGUUUCAGCUCUGAGGUCAAAUCCCUCAUCACACCUGAGAGAACUGGAUCUGAAACGCAAUAAUCCAGGAGAAUCAGGAGUGAAGCUGCUCUCUGAUCUACUGAAGGAUCCACAUUGUACACUGGAGACACUACAUCUGUGUGGGUGUAAACUGACAGAGGAAAGCUGUAGAGUUCUGUCCUCAGUUCUCAGCUCAAACUCCUCCAGACUGAGAGAACUGAACCUGAGUUACAAUAACCUGCAGGAUUCAGGAGUGAAGCUGCUCUCUGCUGGACUGGAGAAUCCACACUGUACACUGGAGACACUGAGGUUGUCUGGCUGCAGGAUUGCAGGUGAAGGUUGUGCUGCUCUGGUUUCAGCUCUGAGGUCAAAUCCCUCAUCACACCUGAGAGAACUGGAUCUGAACCGCAAUAAUCCAGGAGAAUCAGGAGUGAAGCUGCUCUCUGAUCUACUGAAGGAUCCACACUGUACACUGGAGAAACUACAAUUUUCAUCCUGAUCUGAUCUGAGUCUCACACACAGAGGAUGAUGAGGAUAAACCCUUACAGUACAAAGUGAUUUGAAAAUCAUCAUCAUUUAGUGAUAAUCAGAUGUGUACAACAUGUCAGCACUUCCACUUCUCUAGUUGUUUGUAAAAAUACACCAGCUGAGAUAAAUAAACUUUAAUGAACUCAACAGUCAUAAAUAUUUUCUUAUUCAUAUCUUUUACAGCAAAACAGAAACUGUUAAUGCACAUCGAACAUCAUUUAAUAGUUUUGUAUGUACAGUAUGCUUCUGUUUUUCCAUUUACAUGCAGCAGAAGGUCACAUUUAUGUUUAAAACACAUCAUAAAUAUCUUAUAGUAUCAGUUCACUGCAGUAAUUUGAUCAUUGCACAAAGUUACACACUGUUUAUAACUGCGUAAAGUAAAUUAUUUUCCUCCUGAAGUUAUAAAUUUCAGAUGAGAGGUUUAAUUUGGUUGACUCUGUACAUAACUAAUGUUUUAAUCGAUUUUUAAAUGCUGUGUUUAUAAAAAUGAAGAUGAUUAUCAAUUCUGUAUUGGAUGUUAGAAAUAUUUGUGUGAAGACACUUCAUUGUGUAUAUGUACUGUGUGUGUGUCAAUACACAUCGAUAUACUGAUUAUUGAUCAGCAUGUUAUUUUCUCGAAGCAUCUUUGAGACACUGAUGGUUUAAAAUUACAUUGAAAUGAAUAAUUUGCUAUAAAUCGCUGUUUCACAUUGUAGACUAUUAUACUCCCAUUUAAUAUUGCGUUAUAAGCAUAAUAGCUUUGGGUGACCACAGGAGGGGAACAGAACAGAUCCUGGAGAUGGAACUGAUCCCCAUCAACCCUGUGACACAUAAUACAGCUCCAUCUAGUGGCUCUUCCUGAUAUGACACUGUGUUGUGGUGUUUUUCCAGUUUCUCUCAUUCGGAUACACACUGUAACGGAAUGAAUUCACCAAAUAACUGAUUCAUUCUGCUCAAAUCUCUGAACCACACAAUAUUCCUUCACAACAAUAAACACAUUCUUAUUGUUCAGCACAGUUUGCAGUUAUACUGCAUUCAUUUUGCAAACUUCUAUACACACUUCUCAACACACUAUGUACUUCUCAUUGUCUCGUUUUUCCUAAACACUGGAGUCACCAAUCAGAACUCAGUGUGUUGAUGGAUGAAACCACAUCUCACCUGUGAAAACCAUUCACUCAGUUUUCUUCAUCACCUGGGGAGAGAUGGUUC